UCCCUCUGGCUGAGGGUCAGUUUGUUUGCUCAGUGGUUUAAUAUUUAGCUCACACACCACACACACAUUUUUUUUUCUUUACUGACUACGCUCGCUUUCAGACCUGUAAAAACACAGAGAUUUAACUGAACAGCUGAUUUAGAAACCUUGUGCAGCUGUGAUCAGGCCUGUGCAGAGAAGUGUCUGUCUCACUCUGUCCUCAUGUCUUUUCACCUGUUUACAUGAGCAGGUAAAAGUCUUUCUUCCUCUGGAUUCAUCCUCAGAAACGUUCUUUUCAGAGCAUUUGAAUAAACGACAAAGAAGAGAUGGGACCUCGAACAGCAGUCACUCCUUCCAAGGCGGUGAAGGCGGUCGUAGGAGGAGGGUGUGGAGGUCAGGGAGGAGCCCGGCUGAGGAGCAGCAGUGAUGGAAGCAGAUACAGCAGGAGAGACGUCUGCCCCCCCGACAUCUCGUCCUCCUCCUCCUCCUCCCCAAUCCUCUCCAACCCCAAAUCAGUCCUGAAGAGACCAGUCAGCACAGAGGAACUGCAGAAACCAGGAGGGCCCUACGUCAGGAAAACAUUCACAAUUGUGGGCGAUGCUGUGGGCUGGGGGUUUGUGGUGAGAGGAAACAGGCCGUGUCACAUCCAGGCUGUGGAGCCCUGCGGCCCAGCUGCUGCUGCAGGGAUGAAGGUUUGCCAGUUUGUGGUGUCGGUCAAUGGCCUCAACGUUCUCAACCUGGACUACCGCACCAUUAGCCACCUGAUCCUAACAGGACCCAGAACUGUGGUGAUGGAGGUGAUGGAGGAGACUGACCACUGAGGAAUGAAGGAAACCCUGAUGCGUGGACAGCACAGUGAGACUGCUAUGCACAGUGUUCUGGCUUUAAGGGGACAGUGAACAAUACAUGUGUCCUCUCUGAGGUUUCUGCAAAGAACACAGCAAUAAAACAGGAGAGGACCGUGUCAGGAAUUAACUGCAUGAAGCAGCUUUCUGUGGCCUCUCAAACACAGAGUGGAGGUUUGGGUUUGGGAGUGCUGUGCUGUGAGCUGGCUCUGAACCAAGCAGCCAUCUUCAUGUUGGAGCUGAACACUGGGCGAACAAAGAGGCUGCGCCCCUCAGCUCUUCAGCAUUGUUACCUUCCUUCCUCUGGCUGAACCUGUCUGACUCACAACCAGACAUGAAAACUGAUGAUAGAUGGGAAAAUCUACAAAUUUGAAAAAUGUAGUUCUUAUUUCAACAUGUUCUGAGAUGCACCUGUGUGCACUGUGUUGUCUCAGAAACUGAGCCCAGACGUCGUCGUGUUUCUGACAUCAGUCCAACAGCUGGUGUUUGGACUUUUAACCCCAUGUGCCAACUCAAGGCCUCCUCCACACACAAACACAUUACCUGUGUGUAUCACAGCAGCAUUUACACACUCCUGCACACACACACACACACACACACACACAUGCACCUGGAAACACGUGCACCCCCCCACCCCCCCUGCUGUGUUUACUUUUCCAUCCUCUCCUGCGACAUCUAAUUCCCAGAAAGGAAGUGAGGGGUGUGAAGAAGUGAAAGGUAGAUCAGCAGCUUAGUGCAGAGACAGACUGUAACUGAAGUGCUUUGUUUUCGCUUCAGUUUCUCUUCCUCCUUUGUUUUCUAUACCUUCGUAUUGUCUCUGUUUUACCAUGUGCUUGUGUGUGUGUGUGUGUGUGUGUGUGUGUGUGUGU